GCAUACAUGCAUACAUAUGUAAUAUUUACAGUGUGUACAUACCAAUUAGAAGUGCGUUAUUUUUAAACGGUUUUCGGCCGUUUUUCUCGGUGUUUUUGUGCAUUUUGAAAUGUUAGCGUUGCCAACAAUUGCAAAGAUAGCUAUAGUAGGCAGCGACACCGAAAGUUAAUUUAUAAUAAAAGGGACACCGUGCUAUAAUAGUAUAAAAUACAACAGAAUCUCACCGUUACGCCUUCUCAGCACAAACGCUCGCUGCUUCUGUGUUGCUGUUGCUGUAGCAGCUGACGCCGACGCUGUCGCUUCUGUGAAAUAAGCUGCUGACUCAAACGAAUUUUCCAAUGGAGACGAAAAAUCCACCGACAGUGACGAGCAGCUAUCACCAUCAAAGGGCGCCGCGAACACCAGAGAGCUAUUUCAAUGUGCCCGAGUCAGUGGCGCUGCUGAACAUUGUGAAGUCGGAGCGAAUACAGAGCGCAUUUCAAUCAAAUCGGAAGAACCAUGCGAGCGUUUGGGAGAUGGUCGCCGAGGUGCUGAACCGGUUCAGUGCGCGAAAGCGAACCGCGAAGCAGUGCUGCAAUCGCUAUGAGAACCUCAAGAAGAUCUACACUCAGCUAAAAAAGAAUCCGGAGCGUCAUGUGCGACGCAAUUGGCCGUACAUGUUCCUCUUCAAGGAGAUCGAGGAGCAGCGCGGCGAGUGCUGGGGCUCGAAUGGCAAACGUUUGGCGCUCAUCUCGAAGAAUCACAAUGAGUUGUCCUAUUAUCAGCGGCGGAGGCAGGCGGCCGAGCUGGGCGUGCUGCUCAACAAGGAUAAUCUGACGCCGCAUCAGCACAGCCUGCUCCAGAGCCUUAGUCACGCCCACUCCACAGACUCGUCACAGAGUGGGGCAAGCAAACUGGAACGCUUCGUGCCUAAUCACUUUGUUGAGACGCAGCUCAGCGAGGGUGCUGGCCUACCCGUCGUCGGUCUGCCAACCAGCGUCUACGAUGAUAAUCCUCUCCAGCUGCAGGUCGCCGGCGCUGUUGCAGCCGCUGCUGCUGCUGCCGCCGUUGCUGCCCAACUACGCCACGAGCCACAGCUCCAAGGCAAUAGUAGUUCGGGGCUCAACCAGGACGAGGAGCAUCUGCACAGUCAAAGUCACAAUCACAGCCACAACCACAGUCACAGUCAUAAUCUCAAUCUCAAUCACAAUCACACUGCAGCAUUUAAGGAUCACGGACACGGGCUGCAAGAGCCACCCGAGGCGCCCGAUUUUGAUAAGGACUGCAAUGGUCCGCUCAACCUGCACCACAAUAGCACCAGCAAUACCAACGACAACAACAUAUCCAUGAAAUCCGAGCCGCUUUCCGAAGGCGAAUUCAAUCCGGAUGACAUUCAGCUAAUGCAGACCAACUAUAAUGGCGCGCAGAACUUUUACUCACCCAGCAUAGAUCAGAAUAUUCUGCAUCCGGAUGUGAUUGUGGACACGGACAAUCUGUCCGAUUGCAGCUCGUCGGCGUCGCUGAAGAGCGGCAAGCGUAAGAUGUCCACAUCGACCGAUGGCGACAGCACCAACUACGAGCUCAUCGAGUAUCUGAAGCGGCGCGAGAAGCGUGACGAGGAGCUGCUCAAGCGGAUGGAUGCACGAGAGGAGCGCUUUAUGAGUCUCUUGGAGCGCACGGUGGUUGCCAUUGAGACGCUCGCUGCGGGCAAAGCGGCAACGACAACCACGACACAUCUCAGCAGCGCCUUCAGAGAAACAACUCCCAGAUCAACAUUGGCUGCCGCAGAGUCAUCAGCUCCAGUUGACAAAAGUCUGGGUUUAUCGAUGGGCAGUGCCGUCACUCCCGCCGAUGCAGGGACAGACGCAUCCAUUGUUGAUGAUGCCGAUGAUGCUAUUGUUCUGGUGCCCGAUGACAAUAACGUGGAGGAGCUAGUGGAAGAGGUUGAGGAAGCAGCAGCUAUCUCCAAACCGGAAAAUCCAGAGCAGACGUAAAAACCAGUACAUAUAUGUAUAUAUAUGUAUAUAUAUGUAUAUAUAUAUAUAUACAACAAUAAAUUGAAUAGAACGCAGUGCCAAAGACGAGCCGUGUCUCGAAUCUAAAUGAGAUUUGCAACGUUUACUUAAUAGCCAAUGUGCUUAAGGAUACGCAUGCAUAUUUUAAGCAUACGCAAACCCCUUCUCUUGUCUAAGAUCUAAUUUCGCCAGACGCAAUAUUUGUGCCAGCACUAACUUAAUUUUACAUGUGUAUCUAGCUUAAGGUUCAAUGAAUCCUCUCUAGUUGUAGGCGCAGACUUUUAGCAAUCGAUUUUUACGCUCACACGGAUUUACAUAUAUGUAUAUAAAUAUAUAUUUGCAAUCAUCUUUCAUGUGCACGUUGUUUAUAUCGUCUAAGGUAAUAGCUACACACCCAAAUAUAUAGUCUUAACUCCAGUGUUAACUGGCCAGUCUGCGUUUUGUGUGCUCGACUCAUAUUGUCCUUUUUUUUUUAUUUAACCACAUCAAUUUUUGAUUAAGUUGGAGCUGAAAUGGGGCUCAAAUGCAUUUGUGCAGAAACAUAUAAUUUGUACGUGUGUAUGUAAUUUAAACAUUUUUUUUUUUAAA